GUCGAGCACCUGGUCCAGCAGGUGGGCGUCCUCCACCUCAGCCGCAGCAUCGCUCACGGCCUGCCCGGCGGCAGCGCGCUCCCCGCCCUCACCCAGGGCCACGAGAGCGGCCCAGGUGGCACCUCCUCCGGGGGCACGCUGGGGCUCUGA